GCUCGGCGAACAUCGUCGAGAUUCGGGAGAUUCGGCUUUGCGACGACGACGCGCAACGUCGCGUCACAUCACAGGAGGACACAACACAGCACAACACAGGUAGUUGCGAUCUGCGAUUGCGACUAACUAGGAUUUGAUUGUCCGUUGAGUUGUCGAGGUGUUAUCGUGACGAGUGAGAGGGAGAGGGGUCCCAUAUCCACCCUCCUCUGUGUGCGUCGGUACGUGGUGUCGUGUGUCACGGGCCGCUGACAUUGAAAGUAUCCCGCGAUAAGUGGUGCCGCCGCCGUCGUCGUCGCCGCUGCCGCCGCCGUCGCCACCACCGCCGUCAUCGUCGUCGUGCGUUCGCCCGAUGCUGAAAUGAAGCAGAAGCGCGUCAUGUAUGGCGACGCGCGGAAACUGUGCGAGAGACGAACGCAAUCGGCCCCGUACGGGCCCUGCUUCGCGUCGGACUAACGAUCAAUGGCUUUAUUCGAGAAGAGAUACACGAAUAAAGUGCUGUUAGAUGAUACGGAGCAGCUGACGAGCGUCAUCGAAAAUGCAAGGACUAUCGACGGGCAUACGGAAUACGUAAUCAAAACACAAAGAGGUCCGCUUCCCGAAAGAUCCUGGAGAGUCAGCCGACGUUACAAUGACUUUGUACAGCUCAACGCAGCUUUAUCCAUAUCUGGCUUUGACCUGCCGCUCCCGCCAAAAAGGAUUAUUGGUAACAUGGAGCCAGACUUUAUAGCUCAACGACAAAUAGCACUGCAGAAUUAUCUAAACAUAGUACUAAUGAAUCCUAUACUGGCAUCUUCGCUUCCCAUGAAAAAGUUUUUAGACCCUGAGAAUUACACUGCACCGUUACAUGAAAUUGCACUGCAACAAGUGUCAUUAGCAUUACGGAGCGAUGCCAAUUUUGAAGUAUGUAAGCCCAUUCCCGAUAUGGGAUGGCGAUUAAGAAAACAUUAUUAUACGGUAAAAAAUCGUCAAAAUCCGAAACAAGAACUUCUGCUAGCUUGGGUCGAGUUUGGCCCUGAUAAGCAUUUACAAGAUAAAGAUAUACAAGGGGUUUUCAAGACCCUAGGCUCUCUACGGCAUACUUACAUCGAACCAAUAGUACACCAGCAUGUUACAGACAACGGGGCACUAACGAUAAGAAAUUUUUAUGCGGCAGGCACUUUACGUGACGUAUUGUGCAUUACCAAGCCUAAGCAACCGUUUAUAAAAAAAUAUGGAAAUCCGAAACAAAUAAAAGCAUUAACAGUACAAGAAAUUGCCACGUACGGUUAUCAGAUAUUAGAGGCUCUAGGAUUUCUUCAUGAAAAGGGAUUACCUUAUGGACAUUUACACACCGGCAAUGUUCUUUUAACUUCAAGAUGCGCUAAAUUAUUGGAUAUAGAAAAUGGACUUCUAGGAUUGCCAGCGUUUUAUCGGCCUUACGUGGUUCAAAGGCGCAAACUACAUGCCACGACUCAGGUUGAUGUAUACUCAUUUGGACAUGUUUUGUAUGAAAUGGCAUUUGGACGACCGCUUUUGGAGGCAACGUGUUCUGAUUUACCGCAUUGCGAAGCGAAUUUAAAGAAUUUACUGGAAGUUAUCUUAUCACCGGAAGCUUUGAAACAAGAUCUGCCAACAGUGGUUCGGCUAUUGGAACACCCAUUCUUCGAAUCAGCGAGACGCGCUGCGUUGGCAAUUGGUACCGUGGAGAAGCCAUAUUUUAAACUAAGCAAUCAUUUGAAGGAAGCUUUGCAAGAAGCUGUAAACAAAGCCGAACAACGAUUGCGCGAUGAACAAAAAGUUGUCCGACAUCAAAAGAGGCUUGUCAAAGUUCAAGAAAUGAUGAGCUCGGAAGAAGAAAUGAAGAAACGAAAACAUAAACUGAAAAAAGAGCAAAAGUUGGCGCAAGAACAACGUUCUUCUUCGCAAUUGGGUACCAACGGGACAAAGCAAAUAAAUGGUAAGAGCCCAGAGCGUUCAGACAGUCCAACAAGUACUUCCACGGCUACCAGCGUUGGAACGUUAACUCCUCCAUCGCUUCGUUCUGUGGAAAUUACGCAAGCGAAUGCAGUUCCUGGCAAAGGUGUUCCGUCGCCACCUUCGUUGCCACCACCAUGCGAAGCAUCCGGUAGUGCAUCAAAUAGUGUAUCAAAAUCGAAUGACCGUGCUGCUUUACUUGGAAGUAUUUGCAAUUUUGACAAGACUAGAUUGCGAAGGAUUACAAAUGGACAUCGUUAGAAACGUUAGAUAUAUAGGAGAAAGAGAAAAAUCACGCAGACUUAUUUAACAUGACUGCUGUGCAAUGUCGAACAAAGAACUUCCCUUGCUUGAUUAGAACAAGAUAACGUACCUGUAGAUUAUUAUGAUGGAUUCAAAGGUUGUCUGAAUGAUAGCUGUAUCGUGCUUUUUGCGAUUUCCAAUGAUACUGAAUAUUAUUUUUCUUCGAUCGCGACACUUGCAUUUUAUGAAUUUUAAAAAUUUCGAUGUCUCAUUUAUUGAUGCUUGUUACGUGACAAGAUUUUAGCUUAAAACAAUUACAUUAAGAGUACACUAUAUUAAAUUUGUGAUAUAUAUAUAAUGAUCGAUAUUAGUCUUGUUUGGCCUACUCUACGUUUUUACGAAUUAUAAUGCAACGCUUGCUUCGUAUUAGAUCUGCCGUCCAAAAAUGAGCCUAAACGUACAGAACAAAAAAUCAAAAUAUUAAUUGCUUUGGAAUAUUUGCCAUCUUUAUAAGUCGCCUCAUAUUGUAUUCUUGCCAUUUGUGAAUACAUUAGAAUUACAUAAUUAAAAAAAAUAAUGUACAAUAUAAUAGAAGUAUAUAAUUGUAUAUUAUCUCUAAUUUACGAAACCUCGUAUGAUAAUUAUGCUGCGAGCAAUUCGAAACAUUUUUAGAUUUAUUUUGACUUUUAUGACUGCUCGACUGUAAAUCAAGGAUAUACACUCGCGAUAUAAUUAGUCGAAAAAUUCCAUUUCUAGUCUAACAUAUCCCCUUUUUAUACAGUUAAUAGCAUCAUAAAAUUUUGUAACAUAUCUUGUUGUUUAACGUGGGUCAAGUUUCGCGAUCGAUUUUAUAUUAUUGCUAAUCAGGACUUAUUAUUUUUCUCUUUAUAUAUAUACAUAUAUGCAUUUAUGUGUAUACAUAUACAUAUGUACAUAUAUGUAUAUAUAUUUAUGUAUACGUACAAUACAUAUAUACGUAUGUAUAUCAAACUUGUUUGAAUGUGAAAAGAAAAUGAAAAAAGCAGUGAUACACGGGGUGAUAGUAUGUAUGUAUAUUACGUAAAUUUUCUCUCGUUAUACUCAUCUACUGUUCUGUCUAUUCAAAGUUUAUGACACACAUAUAUAUAUAUAUAUAUAUAUAUAUA